CCCUCCUCCCUCGUCUCUGUUUUUAAGUCUUCCUCCGCGACCGACGCGUCACUAUUUGGCGAGGUCACGUGACAGCGGUGCUCGUAGUCGGUAGUAUUAUUUAUGUGUUCAAGAGGAGUCCCCAACGAGCGAAGACACCGGUGGCGGCAGUGACAGCACCGACAGCGGAGCCUAAGGGGGAAGCGACGCUGAGGCCCAGCCCCUCAGUCACAUAUAUAAACACCGAUCGAGACUGAAGCCCCGGUUAGCUGAGCCCCCGGGGAGAAAAAAAAAAUAAGUCCAGCGUUCUCUGUCAACGACCACCGUAUUUUACAGCCCUCAGCACUGCAACCAACGGAGUGGGAGACCCCGGGGGGGAGCUGAAGCCAUGUCAUCUCCCAGCCCGGGCAAGAGGCGGAUGGACACGGAUGUUGUCAAACUUAUCGAAAGCAAACAUGAAGUUACUAUCCUAGGAGGCCUAAAUGAAUUUAUAGUGAAAUUUUAUGGACCACAAGGAACACCAUAUGAAGGUGGAGUGUGGAAAGUUAGAGUUGACCUUCCUGAUAAAUAUCCUUUCAAGUCUCCUUCUAUAGGAUUUAUGAACAAAAUAUUUCACCCAAACAUCGAUGAAGCAUCAGGUACAGUGUGUCUAGAUGUCAUCAAUCAAACCUGGACAGCUCUGUAUGAUCUUACCAAUAUAUUUGAGUCCUUUUUGCCCCAGCUGUUGGCCUACCCAAAUCCAAUAGAUCCACUUAAUGGAGAUGCUGCAGCUAUGUACUUACAUCGACCAGAGGAGUACAAACAAAAAAUUAAAGAGUACAUCCAGAAAUAUGCAACAGAAGAGGCGCUUAAAGAACAAGAAGAGCGCACAGGAGAUAGCUCAUCUGAAAGCUCAAUGUCUGACUUCUCGGAAGAUGAAGCCCAGGACAUGGAGUUGUAGUAGAUACAAUCUGCUUUUCGGAAGCGAAAAACAAAUACAAAGACUUAUUUCCUAACCCAGAAAAGCAGACUAUAAUAUUCAUAUUUAAACAAAGCAAUUUUUUUAUUACUAAACAAGGUUUUUAUGAAUAAUAGCAUUGAUAUAUCAUCACCCUUUAGGUCUUGAUUUUCCUGAUCAUUUUGCAACCCAAUGUUCAUAGCGUAUGCCCCUUGCCCGCCCCCCCCCCCCACAUUCCAUUUUGGUAGCUGUGUGCAUGAGUUCAGCAGUCCAACGUUGUACGCUACUUGAACUGAGGAAAAAGACCACAAAUAACAAUUCUGACUGCUGUGAUACAUAGUUUUCAAGUAGUAUUGUCCUCUUUACCAACACCCUGCCAAGUGGAUCAUGCCUCGGACUCUGCUGGAGUAGUACGUUCUCUAAACCCAUAUGGUGUACAUUGAGGCAAAUUGUGCACGAGGAAAACAAACUUCCAUGGAAUGUGUGCUUUUUGGGGCACUAGUUGGUGUUGCUCUUGUCCCUUCCCAGCCCCUUUUUUUGUUUUAAUACAAAUUUAGUUAAAAAAAAAAAAAAGACUUAAAAUGGCCCCUAUGAAUGGGUUUCAUACAUGCCUGUUGUCCGUUUUUAAUUACAGUUUUUUCAUUUUUAAUGUUGAUUUAUCACCCUUCUUUAAAGCCAAGAGGGCUGAGAGUAUGACAAUGUUUCAUUUGAUAAUAUGGUGAUGUGUUCCAUCUUGUAGGAGUUGAUUCAUUUGGAGAUGGUGUUGGGGGUGUGCGGAACCAGUGGUGAAGUGACCCAUUGCUGUUGUUUCCCUUUAGAGAAAAGAGGGUGGUGAAUUGUAUGACCUAAUUUACUUUCAAAUAUAGAGACAACUU